ACAGAUGCAGCCGGACGCACUAUGAUAGUCCUUCUCUCCCUUCUGACAGUUUUUCUCAUUUUUCUGAGCUACAUCGAUGUGAUUCUAUCGUGGAUCUUCUCAUUCGUUACAAAAUCUCAUGUUCGCAUCGGAGGUGUGGGAUUCGUUCAGUUGCGUGACGUCACCAUCAAAAUCUCGUGGCUCUCCAUUCACAUUGACGUAAUCUCGUUGUCGAGGGAUCGAGCUCAUCCGACACGCUUUUGUGUUUUGCGGUUCGAUGAUGUGAGGAUCGAGGCCGAGAAGAAUGUACAGUGGUAUGGAAAAGUGGAAGAGGUGGAAGAUCCGUCGAAAAUGAUCAAAUUAAACAUCUGGACGUCUCGAUUCACUCGAAUCGCUCAGUACUGUGGUCUUGUGGUGAAUCGUGUACAUAUUGUAGUAAUGAAUACGAUACCGGAUUGCCUGUUGCACGUGACAAUCGACGAGUUGUCGCUUGAAACGUUCCGGAGCAGAGAAGGAUGGCAAUUCGAGACGUCUUGCUCACUAAUACAGGCGAAGCUUUUGAGACGAGGAAGGAACAGUGGGAGCUUGCUCGCGGAGCUGUCAAUGCCGUUUCAACUCUCUUUAGAUAUCGAUAAGGAUGUUGUGGAUAACGUGGCCUUGAGGAUUUCGUCACCGGCGAUCGCGUUCAGUGAUGACUUUUUUGAAGUUUUUAGCAGUUGGACUGGAUACACGGAAAGAAGUGGCUCUGCAGAACUCAAAACUCCCCUGAAACUACUCCAAAUGACCGUGGUCAUCCACUCGUUCUCCAUCAAAUAUACCACGAAUAACCGCUACAUCACGGCUGGUAUAAAGCAAAUCCAAUUUACUAGAAACCUGGAAACCAGCAUACUAGUGAUUUCCGAGCUGAACAUCGCAGAUCAGCUGCUCAGAAGUGAGCUUAAACUUACCAUGAUAAAGUUUGAGACGGCUGUGAAGACGCUUCACUGCUCUGUGGAAGGAGUUCAUGCUAAACUAGCGUUCCAUGAUGUUCAGUGGUGGAAUAAGAGUCUUAAAGAGCUCCAAAGAAUCAGUGGACAUCAAGGAUCUUCAGGAGGAUCGAGAGGAUCAGAUUAUCAAAUCUUUCUUGAAUUCUGUGAUUUGUCGGCCGAAAUUGUCGACUUUGAAUCCCACCGAUCGUGGUUUAAGCUAGGCUUUCUCACGUUUGAAAAGUCGAAUGAAACGUCUACUCAAUUUGAACUUGGAAUCGAGAUGCUUUUCUUCGGAUCACAAGACGAUCCUGAAUCCCUACAACAAUUCGAAUACCAUGAAUGGGGGGAAACUCUAUUUAUUGGAGCAUUUAUAGCGCAAUGGAAGAAACUUUCGAAGAAGAAUUUGUUAGAUAUUACUGUGGGAUGUGAUGAUGUGAAGUUCGAAUGGUCCGAUCAAUUGGCUCGACAAAUUGAAGGGGUUAUUCAUGGAAUUCUUGGAGCCGAGCAUUCUGCUAAUGGGGAAGAAGCUGGGAAUUUGUGCCUUGCGGUUCAAGUGUCGGCUAAUAGACUAGCCGUACUAGUGAACGCCACGAACAAAUCCUACGCGGCACUAUGUGCUUCCAAACUCGAAUUUAUUACCGAUAACUGGCAAAAAGAUGGCCUUCUCAAAAUGGAGAUGAUGCGUGGCGCGACCGGAAUUCGAGAAGAUACUGAAGAUCAUGUUCUUCUCGCGGAUAUUUUCGAAUCGCAGCGAGUAGUUGAAGAAGCAGCCGAAAUUCACAGUUCACCAACUCGGAGAUGGAGCCAUUUGGAGAGAGAACGAGUAUAUAAAGAGGAACGAGAGAAACGAGCUAAUCAAUUUGAAUUCAAAUUCAAACAGUUCAUUACGGUGAACACUUUGGAGUUUCUCAUUGAUAAACAAUCAUCGGUUAUCGAUAAAAUAUCAGUUUUCACAUCGAGCGAGGUCUUCUUGGCGUGGUCUCCACAGCUUCAUCUCAUUGUUUUUGACGCUUAUAAGUCUGUCAAAAAAACCGUUCAACUCCUAUCAUUUCCGAAUCCGUCAACUUUAACACGAAAAGUGCCUCGAAAAAAGCACAUAAUUCUGACCGCCGAAAAUUUCGUCGAAGUUCAACUGGAGCUGGCAAGAAAUAAUCGAAUGUUCUGGCAGGGAGAGAAAUUUCGUUUGGAACGGCUUGAUAAUCAAAUGAGAAUGAAUACGGAGAUUCUUUAUGUUAUGCUCAAUGAGCAAAGGAUCAUAAGUGUAUUAAAUCCAACGAUCACGGUUCAAAAUUCCGAUGAUCUGAUGACGCAAUCACGAUCUGCAUUUGCUACGUUGUCAUCGGCCACGAAUAAAGUUUGGAUUUGGUCGGCCGAUAAAUUCAUGUUCCGAUUGCCGUUCAAUUUUGAUUUCGCGCAAAUUUUCGAUGAGUUUCUUCAAAUAAUCAAAUGGAUCAAGGUUGUUCAUGAAGUGAAGAAAAAGGAGUUCACAGAAGCAUCUCCACUGCCAAGUGAUGUUCGGAUUGAAUUUCUAGAAGUUUGGUUAGAACUAGAGGAUGAUGAAUUUGAGAAUCGAUUGAAGCUUAGUGCACAACUAAAAGAGGAUGAAGUAUAUGAGUCUGAACGAAGAGAGCAAUUGUUGGAGGAGAGACUUUUUAAUUUGAAGAAGACGGCGCCGUUUUUGUCGAAAGAAAUGAUCGAAGCAAUCAAAAAUAGCCUUAUCGAGAAGAACAGUGAGAUCUACAUUGAACGAUGGAAAAUGACGGAAGUCAGUGAUUCUCCUCUAUUUCUAUCAAAAUGGAAGGGUUGGAAUAUGAGAGCAUUUGCUGAUGUAACACUACAUGGAACUGAAAAGUGUAUUCAAAUGAUGAAGGCUUUUGACCCGUUGAGCCCGAUUCCCGAGCAAAAUUAUUCCACUUUAUGGGCUCGUGCUGUUGAAUUUGAUGUUGAUGAAUGGACAGUCACUUUUAAGGAUUAUCCAAUGAAAUAUUUGGAUAUUAAGGAUCUUCACUUCUUUGGAACUCUAGUUGCCGCAGAAAGCCUGUCCGAAGACGGGCGGUCACUUCGAGAGUGUGUGAUUCCUCUUCCAGAACCGUUUCCAACUCAUUCUGUAUGGAAGAACAUGUCUCCUAUCAAGUUUUAUUAUGAUCUUCAAUGUGCAAGUACCGAAUACAACUGCACCUACGGCCCCUGCUGGGAACCGUGCCUCUCAAUGAUUUCCCUUGUUUGGAAUAACAUCUCGGCACCAUCAAAAGACCCAUCACAGCCUCUUCCAUUUUGGGAUAAAAUGCGUUUUCUAUUACACGGAAAACUAUUAUGGUCGAGUGAGAAGCUGGUGACGACGAUGUUGGCUUCAACGGAUCCCUAUAAUGAAACUGAGACUGUUGAAAUGUUAUGGGAAGAUUUCGGGUUAGAUUGGGCACUUGGAGAGAUUCGAAUCAAAUCGGGGCUCAAAAUAUUCUUGAGAACAGCGUCAAGAUAUGACGAUUCACAGAUUCUCUCUCUUCCUGAUGUUCGACUCAAAAUUCUGUUAGGAUGGGAAUGUGGUGGAGAUCCUCAUGAGCAUCACGGAGUUCAACUAUGCUCCCCACAGCGAUUACCGCAUUAUUCUUCGACCGAAGAACACGACUCGUACCGCCAAUUCCGAUCAUCUUGUGUCAACGUGACUCUCAAUUUCGAUGUCUCCCCGGGUAGCUGCACUUCAAAAGAUAAAAUGCCCAAUCUAUUACUAUAUUCGAACACCUUCCGAUGGAUCGAGCAAUUCCUGAAGUCAUUGACCACCAAGAAUCGAAAUGUUCGCCGAGGAACCGUAUUUGGGAAUCGAGUCCUGUUGAAACCCCAAUUGAGCAAACACUUUGGAAAACUACAAUUCUCAUUUUCCCUUCCCAAGGUUCUAGUGACUUAUUGGAUGUCCCACUCAUCACCUUAUGGAUUCCAAGUCUUCUCCGAUGGCCUUCAGCUGACUUCCUCAUUCCGUCAAACUGUAUCACAUUCCUCUGUGAACAGGGAAAUGAAUGUUCAACGCAGAAAAGUUUACUCCUGGAGUACCCAUCAUAUGACAUGCACCUGGUGGGCUACUCAGAUCCAUGUUUAUGGUGAAACAAGCCGUCCACCAACUGACGGUAGCCCUUCCGAAGACACUUUUCUACUGGGAUUCGGAAGAGUUCAAUAUGCGAGAGAAACAUUCCCAGGGAAGGAUGUACCUCUUCAUAAGGUUACUGCGUUUGAUUUGAAAAUGGCCUGGACUGCUCAGAAUCGAGAUGCAUGUCUUACCAUUGCCGACGGGGUUCACAGGGCUCAUAUGUUGAGAAGAAUUCUUAGUAAUGAUGCAGUGAAGCGACUAAAUGUUCAUCUGGAAGAAGCAUCAGAUACUCCAAAGGAUCCUUCGCCAAAGAAAAAAGAGGAAAAAACCCAUCGGAGAGGGUACAGUGUAACUGAGGCAAAUCCCUGGAUGCUUACUCAGCUUAUAGAUGAAGUAGGAACGAAGCUGGUUGCUCAUUGUGAACAGGCGUCUGAUGUUCCAAUAGAUUCACUUCUAGGAGUACAUCAAUCCACUAUGGAUGAUGUGAAGCUUCUGAAUUGGCAAAUUGAUCUUUUCAACAGUCAACUUGUCCUUAAAGGGUGUGAACGUGAUGGUUUCUUACUCGUAUGUGCCGCGAAAACUCAACUUCUUCAGAAUUUCCACCGCAACGUAUGGAAACGAAGUUUGCUUCUCAGCAAAAAAUCAUGGAGCGCCAAAAUCUCUGGAAUGCAAUAUUUUGCUCCAAUUUCUGCGACCGGCACUAAUAAGGAGAAAUUCCGAUGGUUGCCUAGAGAAAUGAUCGAUGAGAAAAGUCAACAGGACACCAGUGGAUUUGCUGACGAUUUUGUGCAGAAGUUCACCGCAGCAGGAGAAGCCGUCGGUGGAGUUGUUCAGUCGGAGGCGCCAGAUGAAUCAGAGGAGAAGGUUCAACUUCAGCGAAUUGUUUCUCGAUGUAGCUGUCAGAUUUAUUUCUGUUACUUCUCCGAUGAGCUGAAGACAGAGUCAAAUGAAGAUAUCUCGGUGCCACCGCAAUUAGAUCCGAAACAUCAGUCAUUGAACCCUGACGCUGUUGGAAUAGAUGUUCUAACUUUGAAGCAUAAUAUGCUAGAAGCUACAAGUAACUCGGAGCAAUACGAAAUGGUUGUGGAUAUUGUAAAUAAUUUAGCGCUUUUCGUGGAUCCCUAUAAGAAAGAAAUGGGCGAAAAGCGAAGGAGAUUGAGAUUCGAGUGUCAGAUAAUGGAGAUGGUGGAGUUGCGAGCGAAAAUCAUGAGAUAUCAAUCAGAACUCAGAGAAAUUGUUUCACUCGGAAGAUUUCUGGAACGGCAGUUGUUCUACCUGAGCAACGGUAAUUCGAAUUCGAUGAAUGGUUCGCACUGCGAACAACCAGUUGAGUACACGGAAGAUCAGCUCGUACUUGAAGCAGAGGAUACAAAGCAACGAAUGCUUACGGUAUCUGAGAAACUUGCCACGUAUAUUAGUUGCUAUAAGCAACGACAGGUCAAUCGGGUGAAGGAGUUUGAUGAGAAAAGUGCGAAGAAAGGGAUGGAAGUUGUAAGGAGAUUUGAAGUUUGCUUCGAAGAUUGCACUUGGAAGCUGACCGAAAGUGAUGGACAGAUUGCGUUGGCACAGACGCAAAUUCGAAAUUUCCUCUAUACACGUACAGUUAGGGAUAGUAACUGUGGAGAUCACCUGUUCGAAGUUGGAAGUGUCCGGAUUACGAACCUCCUUCCUGAUUCAAUAUACAAGCAUGCUCUGCACAGAGAUGAGACUAGACUCUCAAGGCAGCCUGCCAUUCGACUAUUCGUAAGAGAUAUGCCUCCUGUUGGAGGUAUAAGUGUCAAAGAGCACUUUGAGUUGAACAUAGCUCCCAUGGUUGCAGAGAUUACUCAUCGAUUAUUUGAUAAAAUGAUGAGAUUCUUUUUUCCUGGCAGGAAUAUUCAUACGAAUGAUAACCUGGAUCAUGAGGAAGAAGUUUCGACCUUCUCAUUCACACGAAAAAUUGCCAGCACACUUAGCAUGCGAAGCAAUAAAUCUGCGUCGGAGAAGCUUAUGCUUCAGAAAUCUCUUCACGAAAAGGAUGACAUUGAUCGAAUGAAGGAGCGCGCCGACAAAGUCAAUCAUUUUAUGUAUAUCAAAAUUCCGGAAGUUUCAUUUGUAGUAUCAUAUAAGGGAAACAAGGACAAAAACCUGAUAGAUGUGAACCAAUUCAACUUCAUAUUCCCCCUCUGUGAAUACCAUGAGCAAAAUUGGACGUGGCUCGACUUGGCGUUGGCUGUCAAGCAGCACUGCAAACGAGUGCUCGUACAACAGUUUAUGAAGCAGAAAUUGUUGAGAAAUCGAAUUUCCAAUUUUUCUAUCGAUCCUAUUCCACAGGGAGUCAGUGAGGAUGAGAAGAAGCGGAUAGCAGUGGGAAUUACAACAUACGAUCAAAAAACACUGAAAGCCCCGAAGUGACGCCUCGCGUCCGGCCACUCAUCACAUUCUCCGAUUAACGGGUCAAGGCCAAUCGAUCUUCGUCUCGUCUUCACCUCCCCCCCCUCGUCCCGAGUAUAUUACUGCGCUGUUGUUUGUGUGCAUUUGGUACCACACUACCACCACCCCACCAUACCGCCUGUCCUAUACAUUUACCAAAUGGUCACUGGUCACCUUUUACUCGGUUUCCCCUUCUUUCUCUCGUCACCCUCCACUCACUCACUUGCAGUUUGCCCUCUCUAUCGCUCUAUCCACGUUGCACCGUGUGGUUUAUGUGUGCUGACGUGUUCUUUUUCUUCGUCUUCCCUCUCAGCACGGGUCAUUCUCAGAAAACUCAUCUCAAUUGUUCCUGCUGGUAACUGUUUUGUAUUUAUUUCUUCAUUUUUAAGGCUUUACUUUUUCAUUUUUAAACAUAAAAUGUCUAAUGUACUCUU